CGCCAUAUUGUGCACCAGCCACUUACAAAUCGGCUGCGUCACAUUUAAAAAAAAAAAGAAAGAAGAAAGAGGAAAAAAAUUAAAGAAAAGAAAAUCACAAAGACAGAGACAGAGACAGAGCGAGAGAGAGAGGCUGGAAAAAAGAAAAUAAACGCACCAAGUGAAGCGCAGUGACUGAAAACGCGCCUCGGCGGAGCUGUGCAGGGAAAAAAUGGUUAAACUGGGGAAUAAUUUCACCGAGAAAAAUAACGGGAAGGUGGCUUGCGAGGACGGCUUUGACACCAUCCCUCUCAUAACACCAUUAGAUGCAAGUCAGCUGCAAUUCCCUCCACCUGAUAAGGUGGUCGUGAAGACAAAGGCAGAUUAUGAUGGUGAGAACAAGAAGGGCAAGCUACGGUCUGCUAAAAUUGCAGAGUUCUCCAUAAGCAUCAUUGAAGGUGUUUCUGAGCGACUCAAAGUGAGCUUGCUGGUGAUCUGUGCCCUGGCUUUCCUGGUCUGUGUGGUGUUCCUGGUCAUCUACAAGGUCUACCAGUAUGAGCAGCCUUGUCCCGACAGCUUCGUGUACAUGCAAGGUCGCUGCAUGCCGGCUGGGCUGUACGGGAGUUACCCCCCUCAGGGCCCUGGGGGCCGCGGACGUCUCUUCACCCUCAUCAACCACUACAACAUGGCCAAGCAGACCAUCACUCGCUCCGUAUCACCAUGGAUGACCAUCAUGUCUGAAGAGAAGGUGACCCAGCAGGAGACGGAAACUGCCCAGAAACUUGCUUAACCAAGUGCAGUUGGGAGGCGGAGGCUGGAGAAAAAUAAAUAAUAUGGUUGUGCCAUUCAAGCAAAGCUCAGAGUCCCAACAGCCUCUCUUGCUGAGGUGCUAUGCUGCCUUUUUGAUGUAAAUUGGUAAGCGAAUGUGAACAGUAGUUGGAAAUCUGCACAUUGAUGCUUUAUAUGGUGGAUUCAAGAUUUGUUUGAAUAGCAUAUAUUAUUUAUUUACACAAAACAAAGUGGCAAAUAUGUAGGAAAAGGCACAGAAACACUUACACACAUGCACUGACUUUGUACAUACACAUAUGUAACAGAACUCACUUUAGUAGGCUACUCAAGACUGUGAAAUGGUUGUGAGACAUCUCGUGUCUGCGUUGCUUGUUUUAUUGCACAUGAACGCACGACUAACAGCAAUCAGUUUGCUUUAAAUCUCUUCUUUGAGUACUCAUGAAGCAUGUCGAACCUCUUGAGAGCAGGCCAGCGGUCAACUUCUCAUGAUGUGACAAAGUUAGCAGCAUAUUUGCCACUGAUUUCAUCCGUGCUGAAAUAUUUUAUGUCAUAUUGUAAAAGAUGACGCUUCUCAUGGAGGAAAUGUACCAGCGAAAAAAUAUUUUAAAGAGUGUUGUUUUCAGUCACACCGUACUUACCUAAUAAUGAUUGUUUUUCUUCACUUGGGCGGUCUGUGAAAAACAUACGCUUUUUAUUUCUUGGCUCCACAAGACUUCUUUUUCAUAGCAUAACUUUUAUGCUACUGUAGUGAAUGUUUUUGCUGGUGAAGAUACUGUAUUGUGCAAUGCUUUGCAUUUGUUAAAAGUCACCACAGAUGGCUGUUGGCAGCCAUCGCUGACACCAGAACAAGGCUGAUGUAGUGGAUCAAUCUGACAGUAGUUGCUUGUCCUGUUGCUUUUUUCUGUAUUUGUCAUUUAACUUGAACUGUCACUAAUGAUGUACUUUUUUCAAACGAUGUAAUGAUUACCAUUGAAGUGCAUUUGCUACAUACAAUUGUUAACUGAAAAACUGAAAUAAAGUGCCCACAUUUCAAA